AUCGGAAGAAAAGCACCCCUACGCAUGCCUGUUGAACUAUCAUCAAAUCCUCUUGCCCUACACAAGAAACAGAGCCGACCCACCUUCACUGGACAUCAAAUUUUCAUGUUAGAAAAGAAAUUCGAACAGACAAAAUAUCUAGCCGGAUCUGAUCGUGCCCAACUGGCCCAGGAAUUGAGCAUGAGCGAAAGCCAAGUCAAGGUUUGGUUCCAAAACCGACGCACGAAAUGGCGUAAGAAGGAAGCCGCCGAUAAUGCCCUUGGUAAACGUCAAGAAGAUCUAAAAUCUCCAUCCGAACAAAUCCAAACUCUCCAAAACAUCCCAUUCAUAACCUCCCCGAAUUAA